ACCAGUUAUACGACUUGUGUAUCGUAGCCUAGUUACUUUAAAACAUUCAUUCGAUUACUUUUAUAAAAUAUGAUUUAAAAAAGAUUAAGAAAUGUGUUUUUAAUUUCAGUGAAGAUAUUGGAUUACUGUUAACCAUAGGGAGAUGUACACUGUGUAUAUGUAUCACGUGACAACUGCUAGUUUAUAUUAAGAUGGGAUGUGGUUCCUCAACCGACACCAAGAAAUCACAAGUUUCGCCAAAAGGUGCACAGAAGAAAAACGGGGUAGCCAAGAAGACCAAAUCUACGAAAUCUACGAAAAGGACUGGUUUUGUUGGUGUCUCUAGUUUAGAUUGUUCAGAUACAGAUGGCGAUGGUUUGCAGUCAUAUCGUAAUAAUGCUGAUACAAGCCAAUUUUCUAAUGGAAUAGCCUAUUUAUAUGGGUUUAAGGCACGGUUAAAACGGCAAUUGAUAGAAAGUACGGAAAAUGGAAGUCUGGAAAAACUAGAAGACUCCAUUGCUAAAUAUGUAAAAUAUGAUGGCCCUGAAGAUGAUGACUACUUCCGGGCCUUACGGAGACGCCAUUUCCUUGAGCUACAACGAGGCUUACGAGAUGGCAUCAGACGUCGACAUGCAGGUGUCUUAGACGAAGCCAUAACAAACGCCCGUAAUUCACAGUUCAGUAAUAAACUUAAAUCUCAUAUAGCAGUUGCCGAGAAACUACGUGAUCACAUUUGGGAAUUAGAGAUACAUAAACAUGACGUGUUAGACAUGGACCAGAAAACAGUCAGUGAAAUAAAAAGUUAUCAACGACCGCCAUCUUGUCUCUUCUAUACGAUGAAAGCAACUUAUGUAUUAUUGGGAACAGAACCCGAAAAAAUAUACGAAUGGGGUGAUAUUCAGAUGUUGUUAAACCAGACGGUUAGAAACGGUUUAUUAUAUAAAAUAGACCAUUUUGAUUUAGACGAAGCUAACGUAGAACAUGCUGUACAAGCCGAGAAAAUACUGGAUAAUACAGACUAUGAUGACGUUCUAAAAGCUAGUAAUGGCGUGGCAAUUUUCUAUUUAUGGACAAAUCAGAACAUUCAGCAAAUCAAAUCAGAAAGCAAGAAAGAUAGCAAACAACGAAAAAAGAAAUAACUUGGACAAUAGUGUUAAAGAUACAUUAUGGGAGAUUAGACAAAGAGCUGACAGUUCUCACUAUAAUAGUUAAAAACUAGAUAAUGUAAAGGGAAUUUGCUGAAAAUUUCAGUCAAAUUGCUUCACUCUGAACCAAGAUAUUAGCGAUUGAUUUUUAGGCCUAGCUUCGAUCACCAUUACUAAAGUUGGUACGAUAAAAAAAAAAACAUCAAUGAGCGUUGAACAGCAGAUCGGAUUCUAAUCCAGUAAAUAUCGUAGGCUAGCGAUGACAUCGAGAGUUUAUUAUGGUCUUUUCAUGUUAAUAAAUGUCUAAUCAAUAAUUUAGAUAACAUGUAAGGCCUAAAGAAAGACCUGCAAUAGGCAGAUUUAUCUCUUGCAUAAUGUAUGUUUAAUAUGAUUAUUACAAUGGCAUCAUUAUUAAUGUGACGUCAUAAAAUAUGUUUAAUAUUAGGGCCUAGUCCUGCCACAUUUGAUACAUAUCAACUGUAUGUAUAUAGCCAAAACAGAACUGAUUGUAGUUCUUGUUAUUUUUGUACUAUGUAAUAAUGAUGCAGGUGCUUCCUAAUUAUAACCAAUAACUAUUGAUAUAUUAUAAUUAAAUUGCUUAAAUCAAAUAAGACGUCAACAAAAUACAAACCUCGGCAGAUUCCGUUACUCUACAUCUAGCCCAUGUGGUAUGACGGUAAGUGAUAUGUACCUACGCCUAUACAACUGCGAUGCGGCACCGGUUUACUUAUUAGGAAAACUUGCCACUUUGAAAAAGAAGUUAUCAAAAUUGCGUCGUUCGAAGCGUGUGUAGAAUUUUCGGUGCAAAGUUGUAUUUGUUUGAAAAAAAUCGGAUAAACUUGAAAGAAAAACAGCUUCAGCCUUUGAAAUAUUUGUAUGAUAAAACAUUCUUCAAAGGCGUCACGGAUAACGCCAUCGGUAAUCCGGGAACUUGAAAGUAGUUCCAAUGGAGGACUUCGUCAUAGAGCCGAGGCUAGAUGUAGGGUACUGGAAUCUGCUGAGGUUUGCCGAGUGACCUCACAUUAUGAGAAAGUAAAAAACCGUUAUUUAAUUUUUGUCGCGGACACCAUUUUUAGGGCUAGAAUACGAAUCUUAGAUCUUAUUCAACGUUCUUAAUUUUUUCCCAAUGUUAAUCAAUAUGUUUGUAAAUAUUAAAUCUAAUUUAAGUGUGUACAUAUUUCCUUAAUAAGAUUUAAUCAUAGAUAUUAAGAGUGGAUAUGUGUUGAUAUUUGAUCGGCACUCCGUUAGAACAAGGGCAGAUCAUGUUGAAUGCUAUGGGGGCUUCUUGAGCCACUAUUUCGACAGUUAAGAUAUGGACGAUGUUCCAAAACAUCGAUCAUGCCCCGGUCGACUGCUUUCGUUUAGGUAAAAGAAAGCUCUGUAAUUAAGCGCGACAGACACUCUCGCCCCACUGGCUCAUAUUUUUAUUAUCCGCCUCUGAAUCAAAUAAUUCUUAAUAAAACUACACAAAAGACUGGUAUGUUUAUCAUCCAGACGUUUAUUUCUUAAAUAUAGACCUUUUUUCGAUGUUCCAUCCACAGCUAUUUUGCUAUGAAUACAUGUAGACAUUUUUUCGAUGUUCCAUCCUCCACAAUUAUUUGAAUACAUGUAUUUUUUAUCUGUGAUAUUUUUUAUAGAGUUUUAUAAUAUUUCAAUCGUUGAUAUAAACAAUUAUUAUUAUUUUA